ACAAAAUCAAUUGAAAAAUUGAAACUUAUGGAUUGCUGGACGGGUAACGCCCGACUGGCGAGUGUUUUAGUUUAAGCAGCGUAAGCUGUCACCGACAUGGGCAGUGAGCACUACUGCUUGAGGUGGAACAAUCAUCAAUCCAACCUGCUAGGGGUGUUUAGUCAAUUAUUACAGGACGAGAGCCUGGUGGACGUUACAUUAGCUUGUUCAGAGGGCACAUCCAUCAGAGCCCAUAAGGUGGUCCUCUCGGCCAGUUCCUCGUACUUCCGGAGCCUGUUCCUAGAGCACCCCGAAAGACAUCCAAUUGUGAUAUUGAAGGACGUCCGUUUUGCCGAGCUGCAAACUUUAGUUGAAUACAUGUACAAGGGCGAGGUGAACGUGCAAUAUUGUCAGUUAUCAGCGCUGCUCAAGACAGCCGAAUCACUUAAGGUUAAGGGUCUUGCCGAGAUGACAAAUCAGAAUACGACAUCGCGAGAACCUGAACGUGAACCCGAUCGAUUGCGUCCUCACUCGCAGGCGACAGCAGCGACAAGCGCUGGUAUUACUGGUGGAUUAGUUGGUGGCGGUCCUAGCAAAAUGUCCGAUGAUUCCACCACUGUAUUGGAUGCCACAGCAGCCUCAGCCACAACUAGUUCGACACAGUCGACAGUAGCAACAGCAGCAGCAGCAGCAGCACAAGUAACAGCAGCAUCAAUAGCAACAACAUCAUCAACAACAACAGCAACAGCGAUAGCAGCAUCAAUAGUUGCAACAACAUUAGGAUCAAUCUCAUCAAGUUCAGCGUUAGAAAAUGCAACUGCGUCAACGGUAGCAUUGGGAGUGGGUAUGGGAAUGGGAAUGGGAGUAGGAGUAGGAGUGGGUGGGAGCAGUGGGUCGUCAGUUAAUGAAUCCGCCAAUAGCCUACAGAAACGUGAAAUCAAUGACAGUUGCUGUCCAUCGCCAGCGAAACGUUCAGCAAGCAGUAGCAAUGCCGCUGCUUCACAUUCGACACCCAUUGACCUCGAUCCGGAUGAUGCCGAUGAUCAUGAUAAUGAUGAUGAUGACGAUGAUGAUGAUGAUGAUCAGCAUGAUGAAGAUGAUCAGGAUGAUCAGGUUGUUGUUCACAGAAGGGAGAAUGUUAACGAUAAUGUUGCCGAUGUUGAUGAGGAUGAGGAUGCACCCAUGCCGCUAGAUCUCUAUCAAAGACGUGCUGCCUCUACGGAGACGCUGCCCGAGAGUAAUAAUAAUAAUAAUAAUAGUAAUAAUAAUAAUAAUAAUAACAAUAAUAAUAAUAAUAAUAGUAACAACAAUAAUAAUAACUCAACAAGCAGCAAUAAUAACAACAACAAUACAAACAGCGGAAGUGGAACUGUCAGCGGGAGUAGCCAUAUAAAGGCUAGCAGUUGCUUCACUACCUCACUUACUGCUGCCGCAUCCGCAUCUGCAUCCGCAUCAUCACCCGGCGCCAGCAAUGGCGAUGCACCCGAAUCCUCCUCAAGCAUUGCUGUCGUGGCCAUCGAUGACGAUGACGAUGACGAUGAUGAUGUUGUUGACAAUGACAACAUCAUCGACGAUGUCGACGCAUAUUGUUACCGAAAUAUGGAAACCCAGGCGGCCGAACAUGAGGCUAAUGCAAAUGCUGCUACCGACCAUCCUGCACACAAUCAGAAAGACAAUGACGAAGAUGACGAUGGCGGUGGCGGUGGUGGUGGUGAGGAUGCUGAGAUGAGGCCAGUUGCUGGGUCACGUGCAACAAGUGGCGCACGACGACGUGCCGAGGCAACGGCCGCAGCUGCUCGAGAUAUUGCCCAAAGGAUUGCCCAUCAUCAGAGUGUCCGGCUGGGUCAAACACAGCCGCACAGCGAUGACGAUGAUGUCGAUGAUGAGGACGAGGAUGCCCUGAGGGCGGCACAAGAGGCUCUAAUCGGUGUCGGUCAGCUGCCCAUUACCAAAACAGAAAUCGUCGACGAUGACUAUGACGAUGAAAUGGAUCUGGAUGACGACGAUGAUGCAGAUAAUAGCAGUAACGAUAUGGGUCUCAACAUGAAAAUACGCAGCAGUAGCAGCGGAGCUGGCAGUGGUGGUGGCGGUGGCGGUGGCGGUGUGGAUCUCUCGACAGGCUCAACUGUCAUGCCAACAUCCUCCUCCACAGCGGCAGCGGCGGCAGCAGCAAUGGCAGCAGCAGCAGCAGCGGCGGCGGCGACGGCAGGCCUAAUUGAUUCACAACGUUCCACACCUGCAGCAAUGUCCGGCGGUGUAUCCGAUCUGAGUAUGGGCCAAUCGGGGCGACCAUUAUCGCGCAGUUCACGUGACAGUGCAGCAGGUGCUCCAGAUUGUAGAGCCACCAGUCUCCUAAGUCCCGGCAGUAUAGCCAGUCUCUUGCCAGUGCAAUCGGUGCCAUUGAGUCUCAAAAAAGAGAUCGAUUGCGGUGAUGAUGAUAACAGCAGUCACAGCAGACACAUGCAACCUCGUUCGGCAUCAGCUGGCGGCGGCCUAGGCGGCGAGCUAGAUUAUCGCGCCUCUCACGAAUCGUUCUUGCGUAACUUUAGCUCUCCAAUGAGCGCCAUGGCUGCAAAUCGAUGCCCCACACCGUUUGCAUUUCCAUUUACACCGCUCAGUUUGUUUGAUAUUGAUCCGUCCAGAAUUUUAAGCCUGUUACAUCAUCAGACAUGGCUGGCCGAAGAGGCAUUACGAACACGCAGCCUUCUAACAGUCCCCAAGGAUUUCUCCCACCGUUUUACCACCUUGAGCGAUUUGCUGACCAAAGAUUAUCCAACUAUUGGUAGCCAGCAAUCGACUUAUACCAAACAGUCCACACCGAAUCCCACAACGAACCGUUCCAGCGACAUACAGUACAAACAACAGCAACAGCAACAGCAACAUCAACCACAACAGCCUCAAGCCUUCAAUAUGCGUUAUCCAACGCCCACAGCUUUCUAUCAGCAGCAAUCGAAGGGAACGAAAUCAUCGCCAUCGCCUCAACAAAUGGCCACUAGUUCAACGACGACAGGAAUAACCAGCAUACGAGAGGAUGAGGGUAAACGUAAUGCAUCCUCGGCUGCUGCGGACAGCGAUGAGGUGACAAUUGUUGAGCUGCCAAGCGAACGUAGUGCCCAUUUGUAUAAGGAAUCGCUGGAGCAACUAUUACGUCGACGAGCGGCCAAUAGCAGUACACCUGGAUCGGUAACUGGGUCGGGAUCAGGUUCCGGCUCGGCAUCAGCAUCGGCAUCGACCUCAGCCUCGGGCAUUGAUGCCAGCAAUUUGAGGCAAUAUUCCCAACUAUUGCUAUCCGGUGCGGCCACACCGGCCAGUUAUACGGACACAUCGAGCAGCUGCAAGGAAAAGAGCUCCUCAUCGUCUACCUCAUCCACACCACCGCCAAGUUCUGCCAUAUUGGCCCAGCAUCAGCAGCUAAGUCAGAUGCUCAAGAGUCCCUCGGACAUUUGCUCGUCCCUGUUCAGUGAGCCGAUCGAGGAGGAGACCCGCUGUGUUGUGUGCAAUGCCCAUUUUCCCAAUGUCUGGCUAUUGGAGCAGCAUGCUGCCCUCCAGCAUCCCCAUGUCGGUCCCGGGGAGGAGAAGCCCUUCAUUUGCGAACAAUGUGGUCAAUCGUAUCGCUAUCGCAGCGCCUAUGCCAAGCAUAAGGAGCAGAAUCAUCGUGCCCGUUUGCCAGCCGAUAAGCUCUUCACCUGUGAUGUCUGCGGCAUGCAAUUUCGCUAUCUGAAGAGCUUCAAGAAGCAUCGCCUCAAUCAUGCCCUGGAACGUUUGCAUGGCAAGAAAAAUGUGAGCGCUGUGGGUCGACUGGCCCCUUCGUCGACUGGAGGACUGGGUUCAGUCGGCAUGUCAUCGGCUGUAUCCGCAGCAUCCGUAUCAGCAGUGUCGGCGCAAUUGGAUCAAGAUGUUGUGACCAGUUCCCAGGAGCCUAUGCUGGCCGAUGAGGGCGAAGAUUUGCGUAUUAAUAUUAAGCGAGAGGCUGGUGCCGAGACUGGAUCGGGAACGGCUUCGGGAUCCGGACCAGUAACUCGGCCAUCUGCUGACCAUUUGCAUCUGGAGAACUCAACACAUGUCGAAGACGACAGCGAGGAGCAUGAACAGGAUAAUACAAUCGAUUCUGCCGGCAUUACGAUGCUCUACAAUGAUAACAACUCGUCGGCAUCUGCCUCAACGAGCGCCACCGAGCCAAAUAUAAGCAGCUCCGAUGGCAUUAAUAGUACAAACAAGCGGUCACGUCUGCACCACUUGGAAACGGAUCCCUCCUACCAUCACCACCAUCAUCACCACCAACACCAACAUCAUCAUCAGCAGCAACAGCAACAGCAGCAACAGCAACAGCAGCAACAUCAUCACCAUCAACAGCAGCAACAUUUGCCAGCACAUCUAACACAUGUCUCACUGCCAAUGGGCAAUGCUUCCGCCGCUGGAACCUCUUCCGUUGCAGCUGCAGCCGCCGUUGCCGCAGCCGCUGCCGCUGCUGGUUCCAAUUCAGUUUCAGGAUCAAGCGGUGCUGGCGGAGGCAGUGGAAGCGGCAACAGCAGUGGCAUUAGUUCGCUUAGCUCUCUCACAUCGCUAAUCAAUGCCGAACGCAUACCGAAUGAACAAUUCUUGGGACUUAAUCCACAGGAGGCGUCCAUACUAAAUUUUUUACGCGUCGAUGCGGCUGAGCGACAGCGCGAUAAGCGACCUGCCACAUCACGAUUCGCUUGUCCAUUUUGCGGAAAAUGCGUACGCUCCAAGGAGAAUCUCAAAUUGCAUGUACGCAAACAUACAGGAGAACGUCCAUUCGUUUGCCUAUUCUGUGGCCGUGCUUUCGGUGGCAAAUCGGAUUUGACGCGACAUUUACGCAUUCAUACGGGUGAGCGUCCGUAUCAUUGCGAAUCGUGUGGCAAAUGCUUUGCCCGGGCGGACUAUCUAUCCAAGCAUUUAACAACCCACAUUCACAAUGCACCGCGCUGAGAUGAGGCGCGUAGGAGGAGGCUCCUACGCAGAUAAGGCCCCCACCCCCGCCCACGGCCACAAAAACCCACCCCCUCAACGAAAGACCGCAACCACCUAAACUACCCCAACAACAACAACAACAACAACUACAACACAACAAAACAGGGUGGAGCAAAGAAAGAUGGAAUAUAAAACAUAAAUCAAAAACAUAAACAAAAAAAAAACAACAAUCGAGGCAUAAAUUACAGGAAAUUUAUGUAUAGAUUUAAUUUUUCUUUUAUUUUCAAUCAAACUAUUACAAUUUCUCUUAGGUCGUAGGUUGAAAACUGUUUCUAAUGCAGUUUUGUUGGUGCAAAACUUUUCGAGAAGAAAAUAAAGAAGAGCAUAAAACCCAAAAAAGAAAGGAAGAAAACAAAAACAAAAACAAACACAAAAACACAUUGGCAACUAAUUAGCACACGGGUAUUCAAGUGUUGUAUUAAGAUCAUAACUAAGUAAUAUUAAUUGUAGCAAAAAAUUUACUUUAUA